UACAUUUAUUUAUUAUAUAUAUAUAUUUGUUUAUUUUAUAUAUCAUUGAAUUAAAGAUUAUCCUUUAUUAUUAUUUUUACUGGUUUCUCUUAUGCUUGAUCAUAUCAUAAUGAUGCUGUUCUUCUUGAUCACUUGUUGAAAUACCGACAUGCGACAAGUGGCAUCUACCAAUAAUAUCUUGACAUCAAUUUAUUAGGGCAUUUUUGUUUACCGCCUUUUUUCUUUUUUCCCUUUCUCUUUUGUUCCUUUUCUUUGAUUAUUCCAAACGCGCGUUCUUUUAUACUUUCUUGAUAUUAUAAUGUCUCGAUUAUCAAAGCGCUUAUGGAUUAAUAUUGUACUGGCAUUAUGCUGGGUAGGUAUUGUCAUGUCAUCCACUACAACACAGGUCGCCAAAACAACUAUUCCUAUUCCCAACCAUUUCCAAAACGUCAAAGUUCUUCGUGUCUUAGAUGCUCGUAACCAUAUUGUUCAGGAAGAGAUUGGAAUACGGGCUAAGAACAUCGCUGAAACACCAGUAUCUGAAUACUAUUACACCAUUCCUGCUUCUAUCGAACAACAUGUCGCCUCCAUCACCGCCUUCUUACGUAAACAACAAAAGAUUUCUCUUACUAUCGAAAAAGCCGGUUUUGACUCUGAAAAGGAAAUUCAGCUAUACAAAGUAAUCUUGGACCAACCUCUUCAACCUCAAGAAGAUAUUCGACUUGGUAUUCAUAUCUCGUACACUCACGUACUCAAGCCAUUGCCUGCUAAAAUACCUCAAGUGGCACGUCAACUUCUUCUUUAUCGUGGCAAUGUUUAUUUAUAUUCUCCUUAUGCCUCCAAGGAAAUGAAGACUACACUUCAAGUGCCUACUGCACUUAUUGUUUCCUUUACUGGUGGCGAUGGUCUCGUUCAACAAAAAGGCAACAAACUUGUUUAUGGACCUCUCAACGACUUGGAACCUUAUGCUUAUCAUGAACUUCAAUGCCAUUUUGAAAGUCUUGGUCCUUUAAUUACUGUCACCAAUUUGGAACGUGAUUUACAAGUAUCUCAUUGGGGCAACAAUCUUGCCGUGGAAGAACAUUAUACAGUUCGCAACGAUGGUGCAGGAUUGGAUGACAAUUUCAACCGUGCUCAAUAUAUGCGUUCAGCGCCAGUCCAUGGUUCGACCAAUAUGUUGAAAGAAAUCUCAUUGGAACUUCCUGUAGGUGCUUCAGAUGCUUACUUUAGAGACGAAAUUGGAAACGUAUCUACUUCUCACUUCCGUAACGAACGUACACGCUCUUUACUUGAAAUCAAACCUCGUUAUCCUGUUUUUGGUGGAUGGACUUACAACUGGUAUCAUGGAUAUAAUGUCAAACUUCGAUCUUUUCUUCGAUAUCAAAAGUCAACUGGAGAUUAUAUUUUGAAUGUCAACUUUGUGGAUAAUGCAAAAAAUAUGGCAAUUGACAAGGCACGUGUACGAAUCGUUUUACCUGAAGGUGCAACUGAUGUGAAGAUAUAUCCCAAUAUGGAUCUAGAUUAUGUUCAAGAAGGUAAACACUUCACCAAUUUUGACUCUACUGGCCGCUAUGAAAUCAUUUUGGAAAAGAAGAACGUAGUUUAUGAACAUCAAAAGCCUAUUCAGAUCACCUACAAAUAUCCCACUUACAGAUUAUUACAGAAACCAUUGGUUGUCUCUGCAUCUUUGCUAUCUCUCUUUGUUCUAAGCAUUAUUGUUUCAAAACUUCCUUUCAGCAUCAAUGACACAAAGCAGAAAUCGAACCUCAAAAAAGAAUAGAUCAUUUUUAGUUAUGAUUAUUGAGUCAUUAUUUUUUUGUAUACAUCAAUAAAAAGAAAAUUCCAAUUAUUCUUCAUUGUA